AUGCGGAUCUUCAAACGCGCUCCCGAGAUUGGCCCCGAUCACGAACUUCGCGCGGCGUUACCUCCGAUUCCCUGUGUCCGGGGCACAACUCCCCGCGCAGCACGCACAAAAUCGCCUCUGCGCCGCGCAGGGGAAGGGCCGGACCGGGGAUGGGUUCUCGUCACCGCGGGCGCCAACCCGCUGCAGCUGCUGAUCGACGACGCGGCGACCGGCGGGGAGGAGGGGUGCGCCGUGGGGGUCCGGGAGGCGUCUCCGGCGGGGUCUGAUUUCGAAGAAGUCGUUUUGGAGGCCGGCUGCAGGGAGGAGGCGUCCGGAGAGGGGCCGGAAGUCGAGGCGGUGGGCGCGUGCCCGAAGAUGGGCAACACUCUGGACGGCGAGCAAGUCAGCGACACACUCACCGGCGGUAAAGACCUCAGGAGUUUGUAA